AUGGCUCGCAUCCACUUCUACUACUGCCCGGGCUCCUGCUCCCUAGCAUCACACAUCCUCCUGCACGAGGCUGGCGUCCCCUUUUCAACCACCAGCCUCAGCGUUGCCAAAGGAUUUCCAACCUCCUUCAGCCACGUCAACCCAAAACUCCGCGUGCCUGUCCUGACAAUCGAUGAUGAGACGAUCACCGAAUCCCCAGCAAUCAUGCUGGCCAUCUCCCAACUCUGCCCGGACAAGCACCUGAUGGGAUCGACUGACCUCGAACGCACUCGCGUCCUUGAAUGGAUGAACUGGAUCUCUGGAACACUCCACGGACAAGGAUACGGUGGCUUGAUACGUCCCGGCCGUUACCUGGAUGACCCUGCUCUACAUACAGCGAUCAAGUUCAAGGCUCGCCAGACCGUUAAGGACUGCUACGACCUAAUAGAAGGACAGCUGGUGUCAUGUCACGCCGUCGGUAAUCGCUUCACGGCUGUGGAUGCCUAUCUGUAUGUGUUCUACCGCUGGGGGUCUACCGAUGGCUUUGAGAUGAAGCAAUAUCCCAGAUACACAGCACUGGUGACUGAGUUGUACCGACGACAGGCCGCCAAGCAGGCGGUGGAGGUGGAAGGCAUUGAUCCAUAUGUAACGGCUUCUCUAUAA